UAGGGCACUUUAGCAUUAGCUUCCAGCAUACACAUGGACUUGUAAUUCAUGGUUCGUACCUAAUGAGCAAGCGAGUGGGAAGCUAAAAAAAAAAAAGAUAUUUAUAUAUAGAUAGAUUUAUAAUCGGAAGAAAGUGGAAAACUUAUAUACGUACACACAGAAAUAUAUAUAUAUAUAUAUAAACUUACAUUCUAAAACAUCACGUUUUUUCACGAAAUACCAUGGAUCUUGAGGAGAGAAAACUAUGGGCUAAACCGCCCAGGAAAAACUUAAACAGAGAUGAUGUGGGCAACCAGGCGCGGUGUUUGUUGAACCAGUUCAUCCAUGACAGGAUGGAAAAUGAAGGCUUUGAAAAUCCUCUGCAAGAGUCCAACCUCAUCGAACCAGACACACCAACAGGUCCACCGAUGUCUCAGCUAGAAGAAAUAGGACGUGCUCUACGGUGUAUUGGUGAUGAAUUAGAUGGAGACCAAAGACUGCAAGAUUUGGUAUCAAGGAUAGAGCCUGAAGAUAUUCCCAAUACAUUUCUCAAUGUUGCCAGUGCUAUUGUCUCUGUAAACCUUACUUGGGAUAUAGUGGUUCGGUUCUUUUACUUUGCCUACAAAAUGGCCAUCAAGGCAUUGGACCGGAUUCCUUUAAUCCGAGCCAUCAUCAACUUAGUUAUUAAUUUUAUAGUAGACAAUCUUGCUGAUUGGAUUCUAUCUCGAGGUGGAUGGGAAGCCAUCGUGGAAUAUUUUGGCACCCCAAAGAGGCAAGCCUUUGGUGUUUUAAUAGCCGGUGUUCUUAUCAGUGUUGGCGUCUAUGCGUGGAAGAGUUUGGGUGAUUAAAAAUGAAUUAAUCCAUUGAACAAAAAAAUAAUUAAAAAAAAUAUUCUAAAAUUUGGUCAGUACAAUACACAAGAAUUAAAGAAAAAAAAAAUGACAAUAAUGGAAACAGGAAAGAAAAAAAAUGAAGCUAAAAGCAAACUUGUCCCCUCUGUUCUCUCGGUGGUGCACAAGAAAUUAAUUCAUUGUUUUUUACUUGUAAUUUAUUUUAAUUUUUCUUGUUUUUUUCCUUUCCUUCCACCUCCAACUUCCCACCUAAUUCAUUUUUCCUUUCUUUCCCUCUUUGUCUCUCUCUUUCUCUCUCUCCUUUACUCAGACCCCUCUUCUUGUCCCUCUUUCCCCCUGCAGUAACAGCUAAGUCUCACGGUAUGGUGAAUCCUCUUCAGUUUGCAAUAUACAUUAAAAUCCUUAAAAAAAUAAAUAAAUAAAUAAAUAAAAAUAUUGAGCCCUACACUGUCACCAUCCCAACCUAUCCUCCUUAUAAAAAAAAGAAUGGUAAAGGAACCAAAUUGGAACAGUUGGACGACUUUUUUUUUUCCUUGAUUUUUAAGGAAAAAAAUAUUUCUGCUGAUUUAAAAAGAAA